AGUACAGUAAAUGUAAACGAGCUGUUUUAAUUCAGUAAUAAUACUGUGCGUUUGUCCAUUUGCAAAACUAGUCAGCCAUCUAUUCAUUUGAUUAAGUUAUUGAUUAAAGGUUGUACAAUAAUCAAUAACGUCUGUAGUUCUAAGUCUUAAGCAGGUGAGGUUUAAUAACUCAUCUAUAAAUGAUUUAUUAACCAUCAAUAAGUCAAUCACUGUUAAUGAACUCUUUAUAACUAGGACUUAUCCUUUACCAUUAGAUUUUAAAAUUUCUGAAAUAGAAUAGUCUGGCAAGUAUAUAUAUACGGUGUCCCUGAGGGGCAAAUCAAAAAGUACAUCAACAAAUAAUUUUAUGAUUUAUUGUGUUUUGCUGUUUGUAGUGAUUAGCUGUUUUGUGUGUUUUGUACUUCGGGGGCCACCGUAGAUGUAUAACAACAGAUCAUAAAUAUAACUUAUAUAAAUUAAAUAAGACGUAACAAGUCAUUGGUCGUCAAAGCACCACGCGCAUGCGCAGAGACGGAGCCUCCACUGAAACAAAGUUUAAAUCCCUCCGAAAUAACGAGGCGUUAACGGCUCGUGAGCAACGUUAAAGAUCACGCGGGACUCUCCUCGAGAUAGUGUGUCCGUGUUGUGUUGAGAGCACGCGUGUCACAAUGGACCUGUUGUGUCCCACUGACGCUCCAUCAGCGGAAAAACACAAAUCACCUGAAGACGGAAGUGAGCUGCAGUGUUCAGUCCGGGCCGCGAACGCAACGCAUGCAUGUCACUGACUGACUGUUUGUUUACGUGUGUUUUCUACGUUUGCGAGAUAUUCCCCAAGAUCCGUCAGAGCGUCCGGCCGCCUCUGACACUGGCCUCCUGCGGGGGUAUGGCUGCGGCUGCGGAGGAGCCGGAGGACCGCGCUGACUGGAGCUGCGUUGCCGGAGCGGCGCUAACAGGUGAAGGGGAACCGGAGGAGGCCGAGGAGUUCACCUGCCCGACCCACCGCUCCGAGCUCUCCCGGCGGCAGGACGAGCAGAGGAAGGCGGGGCUGUUCUGCGACGUGACGCUGGAGUUCCGUUCCGGGGGUGCGUGCGGGUCCGGCGGGGAGCGGGUCCAGACGCUGGCCGCCCACCGCUCGGUUCUGUCCGCGGCGUCGCACUACUUUACCCUGCUGCUGGGCGGACACUUCUCCGAGUCGCAGUCGGCCAGAGUGGAGCUGAAGGGCUGGAGCUCCGAGGGCGGGCUGGAGCCCGAGGCUGUGAGGAGGGUGAUCCAGUUCAUGUACACCGGGGAGAUCACAGUCUCCACCGCGAGUGUGCAUGAAGUACUGGAGCUGGCUGACAGGUUCCUGUUGGUGCAGCUGAAGAGCUUCUGUGGAGAGUUCCUCAUGAAGAAGCUGAGCUUGUCCAACUGCGUGGCCGUGCACAGCCUCGCCCACAUGUACACCCUGGACCAGCUCGCCCUGGGAGCCGCCACCAUGAUCCGGAGGAACUUCCACGAAAUCAUCCGCAACGAGGAAUUCCUCACGCUGCCGUUUCACCUCCUGCGAACGUGGCUCUCGGACUCCGAAAUCACCGUGGAUUCUGAGGAGGAGCUGUUCGAGGCCGUCGUGAAAUGGGUGCAGCAGAACCCGGAGGAGCGAGAGAAGCACUUUGAGGAGCUGUUCGGGCUCUUGAGGCUGUCACAGAUUGCUCCCACCGCCCUGCUGCAGGUGGUGAGGAAGGAGCCCUUAGUGGCAAACAGUGCUUCCUGUCAGAAGCUGGUGUCCGACACCCUCGAGGUUCAGGCUGUUCACUUCGAGAGCCUCAAGUCUGCUGACUUAGAGCUCUGUGCCUCCCACAUGACCGCCGCCCAGCCGCGGUUUGGCCAGAACAUGGACGUCAUCAUGGUCGUGGGCGGUGUUUCAGAAGGUGGAGAGUAUCUGAGUGAGUGUGUGGGCUACUUUGUGGCAGAGGACCGCUGGGUCAACCUGCCGCACAUUCACAACCACCUCGAUGGACAUGCUAUCGCAGUCACCGACAGCCAUGUGUAUGUGGCGGGCUCCAUGGAGCCAGGCUACGCCAAGAUGGUGGAGCGCUACAACCCCAACCUCAACAGCUGGGAGCAGCUCAGCAGCCUGAGCUCUCGCAAGCACUCCUUCGGCCUCACGUGUGUCAAAGAGGUUCUCUGUGGCAUCGGUGGUCACGGAAACUUCAGUCCCGGCUUUAAGGACGUCACUGUCUACGAGCCUGAGCAGGACGAGUGGCGCAACCUCGACCCGGCGCCAAAAAUACUACGAGACGUCAAAACGGUGAGCGUGGAGGACCGCUACGUGUACGUGAUGGCCCGGACCCCUGUGGACCUGGACUUCGAGGAUGGGCUGAGCACCGUGACCACUUGCUACGACACAGAGAGUCACAAGUGGCAGGAUGUGGACUCACUGCCGCUCAUCGAUAACUACUGCGUCUUUCAAAUGGCCGUCGCGUCCACCAACUUCUACCACACGUCUUCCUGUUGCCCCAAGAACUACGAUGUGGCGCAGGAGGCCGCUCAGCAGAAAAUAUCCAUAAACAUCUCCGACGACAUCCUCGACAGCCUCCCUCCAGAGGUCCUCGGUCUGGAAGGUGCCGCCAUCUGCUACCUGGCUGAGGACGUGUUCGUCAUUGGCGGCUGGAGGAACAGCACCAACAUGGACAAGCAGUACCGCAAGGAGGUCUACCGUUACUGUGCCGAAAAGAAGCGAUGGAUGCUGCUGCCGCCCUUACCUCAGCCCCGCUGUCGGGCAGCGGCCUGCCACGUGCGCAUCCCGUACCAGUAUCUGUGCGGCUGCCAGCGCUACCCCAUGCCCCAGAACCUGGCUCGUCAGAGGGACCGCAUGCAGCAGAUGCAGCAGCUCCACCUGCGCACCCUCAGCCUGCGGAGGCACCUGCAAACUCAGAUCGAAUGUUGACAUUGAAUCUCUAUUGAAACGUUCGGCCCUUGCACAAUACUUCUGAGGCUUAUAUGGGUUUACGUGGGGCUGAAGUUCACACUGUUCAAAUUGCCAAAAGAGGAAAAUAUAAGAAAUACCAAGACAGGCCAUUAAGAUUUCAGUCUUGUAUAUUUAUUUCUAACUCUAAAACAAUGAUUUAACCUUUUUUUGCGCUGUUAGAAUUGUUCCUUGUGUGUGCCGCUGGAACGAGACCAUCAUUUCAUGUGCAAGAAAUAAGGAUUAAGCAAAGCAUAUAUUGGGGAACAGGGUGGAAUGUGAUUAUAUAAACACAUAAGCCUGCAUAAGGCAACUUUGCACUAAAAACUGUUGUGUUACUGAUGUUUUUUAAUUUCCAAUGAAUGUGUAUAAAUGUGUGAUUUAUUUCAGCUGCUUAAAAUUGCUUUAUGUGAUCAACAUAUCUUGAAACUCCGAUCAAAUAUCGCCACGAUAACGUGUCAAAAAAUCUCUGCUUCUGAUUUACAUUUAAAUUCUUAUUUAAAGUGUCGUUAUGGCCGGAACCAAAGUUUGUUGAGUUCUUGGUUGUUGUUUUUUUUCUGGAAUCUUUGUGCUUCUUGCAGAAUUUGCUCUGCAUUGUCCUCUGAGUGAUAAAGAGCACAUGUUCACACACGGACACUGAACUCUUCUUUUAUCAAUGCAGAUGAUUUAACUGCAUUUCCUGCACUAAAAGACCCUGAAUGUUAAUUUAAAUGUUUCCUUCUCAGUGUUGUUUGGACCAGUUGCUGAGCUCAGUGUUUCUCUGUUACUGAUCAGAAACUGCUCGGGCCUGUGGUAUCUCCAGCCAAGCUGUCUGUAACUAUAUGGUCUCAUUAGACAUGGUGAGCCCGACACCUUUCCACUACCAUACUGUGCAUAAGGUGAACAGGACUAGUGGAUGAAUGGGUUCAUUCAGUUGUGGAGGCUUUGAUUUUUUCAGUUACUGUCCCUUUCUAGAGUGUAAACAGACACGGGGAGAUUUUCAAAGUAAUAUAUAGAUGUCACAUUUGAGGCUUCAGAUUUUUGUGCCAAAUUUGAUAAGAGGUGAUUUUAGACUGUGUAUGAUUUCCCAGUGCCAUGUAUUCAGAUUUCAUGCGGCCAAGCCGAGGGUACCUUGUGACAUGGUGUCAUUGCAUAAGCUGUAAGUGCACAAAGUCUAUUAAUAAAACUUAUUGCAGUGAAA